CUCAGUGGCGCAAGAGAUUACCCGCACCUCCAGCCCACUCCUCAAGUGCAUGGCACACUUCUAAACACGAGAAGUGUUUUUUUUUUACCAGUUUCUGAACGGGACCUUGAAAACGACCGCACAGUUUUUUUUAUUGGGAAGGACAAUGAGGGAAAAGGACUCCUCGCCGAUGGACAGUGCGGGGAACAGUGAGGAGGAGACCGACCGUCAGCUGCCGCGCCGAGGUGCGAGGAAGCGGCGCGCGGCGCGGAGGAGCGUGGACGAGGAGGAGGAAGGAGACGCGGGGAGUCCGAGUCCCGGCAAAAAGAAAGGCAGAAAGGGCUGCGACGCUGGCGGCGGCAGCGCGGGGAGCGGCGAGAGCGAGGGCAGCAGCAGCCCCGCGUGCUCCUUCGAUGACCUGCACACGCAGCGCGUCAUGGCCAACAUCCGCGAGCGGCAGCGGACGCAGUCUCUGAACGAGGCGUUCACGUCGUUGCGCAAGAUCAUCCCCACGCUCCCGUCGGACAAGCUCAGCAAGAUCCAGACGCUGAAGCUGGCCGCGCGGUACAUUGACUUCCUGUGCCAAGUUCUGCAGAGCGACGAGCUGGACGCGCGGGGCGCCAGCUGCAGCUACGUGGCGCACGAGCGCCUGAGCUACGCGUUCUCGGUCUGGAGGAUGGGGGGCGCGUGGUCCCUGUCUACGACGUCCCACUAAGCGGGCUGCUGUGGAUGAGACGCUACGAUGAUCCAGAUUGAAGACCCGGUGGAUGAAGCCAGCUUUUCAGCGCCACAACUGAGGCCAAAGACCCAGACUCUGUGCUUCAGGCUCCAGAGACGAGCUUUUCAUAUUUCCCAUUGCCUGGACUGUAAAGUUUGCAAUGGAGCACUUAGGACAGAAAGGACGGAUAUGAAGGAACACCACUGCGACCAUGAAUGUUGUAAAAACAAUAUGAGCUCUGAGGAACUGCUCUGUUUUGAAAGAUGGGAGGGAAAAGAGAACAAUUCAUUCCACAUUCCCUGUGACAACGUCUCACGGCAAAUGAAGUAUUUUGUAUUUAUUUUUAUACACAGGUUUGAAAUUCCUUUUCCAUCUUAAAGUUAUUUAUUUUGGGGGUAUCAGAAUGCUGAAUGGAUAAGGAGUCGUUGCAUUGUGAGUUCUGUAAAUAUUUGCAAAUAUGUUGAAUAAAAUGAAAGGUUUUCGUA